AUGCUUGUGCAAGCUCAAAUCAAGGAAAUAAAAAAGAGAAGGAAGGAAAAUUAUUAUAAUGAAGAUGAAGGAAGUAACCCAGCGACCAAGAAAAGGAUUGAAAUCCCUGAAGUAAAUCCUGCAAAGCACAAGCAAGGACGAAGAAAAUUCUUUGAAGCUGAUGCUGUUACCUCAAAGAAGAUGAGAGGAGUCCUGUUCGAUCCCAAUGUUAAAAAUCAAGAGCUAGCUGAGCUCAAAGAGUACGUAAAAAUGGAAAAUAACAGAGCCGUUCACCUCUCAGGAAGAAGCUUCAGUUGAAAGAAGGGAACUAAUAAUUUUGUCCCAGGAAUGAACAGCUAUAAUGCGAAGGACUUCAGUAAGAGGCUGAAGAGCGUCUCUUCAGACAACUUCUUCAAAUACAAAGAUUUCUACGGAGUUGGUGGGGAAAAGAUCUCUGAAAGUCCUAAUAAGUACCAUCCAAGCCUGAAAGAGGUCUAUGAGCAAAAGAGUGCUGGAUUCGAGUCUGAACUGACCAGGAAACUAAAGAGUAACAAGCUUGUGAGUCCUUUUGAGUGGAAAAUGGAUAGCAAUACUCCUAACAGACCCUUCAGAGACAGAUUCAAGCUUGGUAGUAACAAGAUCAGUGGUAAAAUAACUAAUGCUAAUGAGGAAAAUGCUUUUGAAGCGAUGAAGGUCUAUCUUCAAAAGGAGAAGAGAAAGAAGGAUGCUUUUGCUAUCCUCUACUCUAAACCUCAACUAAACUAUCUUAAAAAGAGUAUGAGCCAGGGGAAGUUUGAUCAUGGAGACAUCAUCAAUGGAGUGCGCAAUCUUCAGAAGGAUUCUAAAUACUCUAAAGCUGUAAUGAGUCAUGCAGAGUUGCCAUCUGGGAAAGAGGUGCUAUCAGGAAGAACUUCUUCAAUUAAUAAGAUAUUACCAAAAAUAAAGUCUGAAAGAUCUCUCAAAGCUGAUAAAUGGCGUAAGAAGAAAAACAGAGUCAAGGGUCAGAGCAAGGAAGAGGCAUUCUUCUCUACAAAGGAUAUUGAGACUCUGAAAGCCUAUGAGAGAUUAAUGGGAAAUUAGCU